UCUCGACAUUUGUUUGGCCUCCAAUUCUCGCUCGCUCCUCCUCCUCACCUUCGUCAAUCUAUCACUAUCGUGCUCUAUUUUCUCUCUCUCUCUGCGUCCCUUCCACUCAAUUCUGGAUUCCAUUAUCCUCCCAAUUGCAGAAACCAUUUUUUCAAAAUCGCCCUUUGAGAUCGAGAUUGAAGCUCUGAAUAUCACAAAUCGAUUGUUUUAUAUAUAAACACAUGCUGCCUCUGCUUUUCAGAGAAAAGAAGAGGCCACAGUGCGACUAGUUAUCCGCUGAGAUUACUCCUCCUUUUAGUCUCCAUUGCUUCGCCCCCUUUCAACUCCAUUGUCCGCCUUAUCUGGAUUGAAGGAUCUUCACUGCAAUCAUGCCGCCUAAGCCCUUGGAUUAUGAAUCCCUGAACGAGAAUGUGAAGAAGGUGGCGUAUGCGGUGAGGGGGGAGCUUUAUCUGCGGGCUUCUGAGCUUCAGAAGGAAGGGAAAAAGAUAAUUUUCACAAAUGUUGGCAACCCUCAUGCUUUAGGGCAGAAACCAUUGACAUUCCCUCGCCAGGUGGUAGCACUCUGUCAGGCUCCAUUUCUUCUAGAUGAUCCAAAUGUAGAGUUAUCUGCUGAUGCCAUUGCGAGAGCCAAACAUUACCUUUCAAUGACUCCCGGUGGCCUUGGCGCCUAUAGUGAUUCUCGAGGUCUUCCUGGUAUCAGGAAGGAAAUUGCUGAGUUUAUUGAGAGACGUGAUGGAUAUCCUAGCGAUCCAGAGCUUAUAUUUCUGACAGAUGGAGCCAGCAAAGGGGUUAUGCAGAUGCUAAAUUCUAUUAUCAGAAAUGAUAGAGAUGGGAUUUUGGUGCCAGUUCCACAAUAUCCUCUUUAUUCAGCUACAAUAUUGUUAUAUGGUGGCUCCCUUGUGCCAUAUUAUUUAGAGGAAGAAGCAAACUGGAGUCUUGACUUGGAAAAUGUUAAACAAUCUGUCGCAACGGCACGUGCUAAAGGGAUAAUUAUUCGAGCUAUGGUGAUCAUAAACCCAGGAAACCCUACUGGACAAUGUCUCAGUGAAUCCAAUUUAAAGGAAAUAUUGUUAUUUUGCUAUCGAGAGAACUUAGUCCUGCUGGCAGAUGAAGUUUAUCAGCAAAAUAUAUAUCAGGAUGAGCGGCCCUUCAUAAGUGCUAGAAAGAUAUUGUUGGAUAUGGGUCCACCUAUUAGCAAUGAGGUGCAACUUGUAUCCUUCCACACUGUUUCGAAAGGUUAUUGGGGCGAAUGCGGACAGCGCGGGGGAUACUUUGAGAUGACAAACCUUUCUCUGCAGACCGUCGAUGAAAUUUAUAAAGUUGCAUCAAUUUCACUGAGCCCCAAUGUCCCUGGACAGAUUUUUCUAGGGUUGAUGGUAAAUCCUCCAAAGCCUAGUGAUAUCUCUUAUUUGAAGUACACUACAGAAAGUAAGGAAAUCCUAGAUUCCCUGAGGAGAAGAGCUCAUAUAAUGACUGAUGGAUUUAAUAGCUGCAAAAAUGUAAUUUGCAAUUUUACAGAAGGAGCUAUGUAUUCAUUUCCACAAAUUCGCCUGCCACAAAAGGCAAUUGAUGCUGCAAACAAUGCUGGGAAGGCUCCUGAUGUUUUCUAUUGCCUGAAGCUAUUGGAAGCUACUGGUAUUUCUACAGUUCCAGGCUCCGGAUUUGGCCAGAAGGAUGGAGUUUUCCAUCUAAGAACAACCAUACUGCCAGCUGAGGAAGACAUGCCUGCUAUCAUGGCCAGCUUCAAAAACUUCAAUGAUAAUUUCAUGGAUCAAUAUGAGAACUACAGAAGUCAGUCCAGGAUAUGAUUCCACCAAGUAAACCAAACCUGAUGCUUGAUGAAAGUUUAUCAUUGUAAUUUCAUUCAUAUAAUUUCGGAAGAAAUCUCCACCGUUCAUAUCAUUGUUGUAAUUAAGUACAACUGGGGGGACCUUUCUGCUUGUUUGGUCUUUCUAUAUUAUUUUUCCUAAAGUUUAAUACUGAAAAGUAUGUAAUUAUGUUUUUAUCA